AGGAAGAAAAAGAAAAGACGAAGUCCAGUCUGCUCGACAAGCUCGCGAGCUGCUUCCACCGUGACACAAACGACCAAAUCACUGCUCGACCACUUUAGCAGGUAUGGCUGACUUGGCGGGUCUGGUGCAGCGGCUGGAGGUGGCGGUGGGUCGCCUGGAGUCCAUGUCAGGACCCGGAGGCAGCGGUGGAGAUUCUGCUGGGGGAGCUGUCUCAGCGUUCGUUGAGGCUUUUGACGAGAUCGUCAACGGGCCCCUCGCUCAGUACGUCUCCCUCAGCCAGAAGAUUGGGGACGACGUCAAGACGCAUGCAGACAUGAUGAAGCAGGCGUUCUCCAGUCAGAGGCAACUCCUCAUCGUCGCCUCGUCCUCCCAGAAGCCGUCUGACGCCGGCCUGGCGGCUCUCCUGCAGCCGGUGUCCAAAGCCAUCCAGCAGGUGCAGGCGUUCCGCGAGCAGCACCGCAUGUCGGCACAGUUCAACCACCUCUCGGCCGUGUCCGAGAGUGUGCCCGCCCUCGGAUGGGUCGCCAUGGCUCCUAAACCGUGCCCCUAUGUUAAAGAGAUGCAGGACGCUGCCAUGUUCUACACCAACCGUGUGCUCAAGGAAUUCAAGGAAAAGGAUAAGACCCAUCUGGACUGGGUGCAGUCCUACGUCUCCAUCUGGACUGAGCUGCAAAACUACAUCAAAAAGCACCACAUCACCGGGCUGGCCUGGAGCAAGAGCGGUCCAGUAGCGUCGGCCUCUGCAGCUCCCCCCCCGCCUCCUGCUGGAUGUCCUCCCCCACCUCCCCCCGGACCACCUCCUCCCGCCAUGGACCUGAGUGCAUCGUCUGGCGGCGGCGACGCCGAGGACAACCGCAACGCGUUGUUCGCCGCCAUCAACAAGGGAGGGAACAUCACCAGCGGCCUGAAGCACGUGAGCGACGACGAGAAGACCCACAAGAACCCGACGCUGAGGAGCACGACCACUCCAGUACGCACCGGGCCAAAACCGUUCGCCUCCCCCACUCCCCGACCCGCUGCGCCGGCCGCCACCAAACUGGCCCCCGUGUUCGAGCUGGACGGGAAGAAAUGGAAAGUGGAGAACCAAGAAGAUGCUCAGAACCUGGUGAUCGAAAAUACUCAGCUGAAACAAGUGGUCUAUGCUUACAAGUGUAACAAAUCCACCCUGACCGUCAAGGACAAACUCAACUCCAUCAUCAUCGACAACUGUAAGAAGGUGGGCCUGGUGUUCGACGACGUCGUCGGCAUCGUUGAAAUCAUCAACUGCAGAGAUGUCAAAAUCCAGGUCCUGGGGAAGGUGCCCACGAUCUCCAUCAACAAGACCGACGGCUGCCAAGUCUACCUGAGCAAAGACUCCCUGAGCUGCGAGAUCGUCAGCGCCAAGAGCUCCGAGAUGAACGUCCUGGUGCCCGGCGAAGACGGAGAGUUUACGGAGCUUCCUGUUCCUGAGCAGUUCAAGACCGUCUGGGACGGCAAGAAGCUCGUUACCUCGUCAACGGAGGAUGCCGGAUAGACGCUGGCGGCCUAUGAAAUGGCUCCCUCGUCCCCCCCGUCCUCGAUACCACCCCCACACCCUUAUUUUGCAAACGCUUUCCCUCGACUCAUCGAUUGCCCCCCCCCCUCCCCUCCAGCCCACUCUCACACUGUAGCCUUGAGAUUUCAUCCUCAUGCGUUAUACUCCCUUCUUAUCAGCCAAUCACAGCUUAAGCUGUCCCCUUCCAUCAGCCAAUGAGAGGACUGCUCACUUUUUAUCUGGAGCUAAAUCCUCCAGCCAAUUAGCAGGGAGCGGCUUGGCAUUCAAAUUGUUUUCUUUCUUCCUGUGAGCCAGAGAGCACUUUUUAAAAAAAACAUUCAUGAGUUUCGCCAUUAGCCGGGAUGCUCUGGAUAAUGCUAAGCUAAAUAUAACACGCAUAGGCAUAUUGAUUCCUCCGCAAGCCAAUCAGGCGCUCCUAUCUGGAUGCUUCGGGCUAUCGGUUCUCCUCUUCCUCUUCAGGGGGUGCCGGUGGGUUUCUGUUCUAUGGCACCCAUAUCACCUCCGCUGAUGUUAACUAUAAUAAUAACAUUCGCAGUGGAUAAUACUAUGAAUGAGUCAUCACUCUGAGCACAUAGGAGUAAAAACAAGCUGCGUGCACAUAAUGAAACUCCAUCGAGAUGACGUUGGAACAGUUAGAAUAGGAAGCUGAUCAUUCCGUGUGCUUUCUCUUUAACCCGCACAUAGGACAUUCCAGAGUAUAAAAAAAAACAUUCCAUAUAAAAGGCAUUUAAGAAAAUGUUAGCGGCAAAAAGCUGUCGCUCCGUGGGGGAGAGAGAGAGAGACUGAAGGCCAGAAUCACGGUUAAAAGCUUCACCUCCGUCUCUAUAUAGUGAAGAUCUGCUGUAAUCAUCUCUAUCGACAUUACAAAUUACUGAAUAGUUUUAAAAUAUUAGCCGUCGACGUCUUUCCACUCGCUCACGGAGCCUCUCCGGUGAUCUUCAGCGCUUGAGGUUUUUGGCUGAACUUUCUUUUGUCUCUUUCUUUUUACCUCUUACAUUUUUUUGGGGUCCAAAAAUCAAGAAUUAUGCUCAUUAGUACUGGAGACAUCAUUAAAUAAUGUUGCAAUAAAG